CUUCCUUUGAAAAGAUAUUCUCCCCUAUCUGUUUUAUACCCGCUGCUUUCUCUAAAAUAAUAUCUAGUAUUUUAUUAUAAGUUGUAUAAUAUUGGUGUACUGAGGGACCUUAGUGGUAUCCGAGCCAUUGAAUUGGCAGGGACAUAAUGAAUAAAGACAAAGGGAAGGCAAAAGCCACUGGUGAACCUUAUAAGGUUCCUUCAUACAAAAAUGUUGUGGGAAAAACCCCAGAACAAUUAAGAAAAGAAGCCUUAAAGGCCACGCCAAAAGAAAACAAACUUAGAGAUGAUGCAUAUGCUAUUGCAGUAUCGUCUAAUAUGACGAAUGAAUUCGUUUAUCCAUAUCUUCCUAUUUCUACAAUAUGGAUCGCACCAAUAGAGCUUAAAUAUGCUCAUCUUGCUGCUAAUGAAGCUGCUAAAUUCUACCUUCAAGAAUUUGCAGACCCAUUUCUUUAUCCUAAGGAUUACAAUUUUUAUUAUGCAAUACUUGACUCUACUGGUUCUGUAGAAUUUGAUUAUGUUAAUCGAACAGGUGGUGAAUGGGCUUAUUCCAAAGCUUUCUUCAAAAAGGUAAUUACUCCUCAACAAUGGAAUGGAGACCUUUAUAGAUUCAGAGAACUUCCUAAAUAUAGAAAGGAACAAAAUAAAUUUUGGUUCAACUAUUUUGAUUAUAUCAAAGCUUGGGAUGGUGCUUUCUGUUAUGAGAACAGACAAAGAAAGCACAGUUGGUUUUUCCAAUUUAGAGAUUUUGAUCAAAGUUCUCCUUUACCACAAUGGUUUUUAAUGUGGUUUAAUAAUUGGGGAUUUCAUCCUAUUACUCUUCCUGAUAAAAUCAGAACAAUUUAUGAUGAUUUUAUAAAAACAAAUGCAUCAUUAAAAACUCCAGGAUUAAUGUUUGCAAUCCUCUAUCAAGUUCCUUGGAUUAUGAAGUGGGACGUUAUUAUUUCCAAAAUGCCCCUUCGUAAAUUUGGAGAAAUUGUUCAUAAUAUCCCUUAUCUGGGAAGAAGGAUUUUAAUCAAAUGGUGGGACAAGUUUGAUUUCUUUGCAGAAAAUUCAGUCUUCUCCCAAAAGGGAUUAAUUAAUCUAGAGCCUCUACCACCUCCUCCAAGUCCCAAGAAAGACAUUACAGAAAUUCUGAGGGAAUUAUUGGCAUCGUCAUCCAAAUCGGAUCUUAAGGCACAAUUAAAAGAAAUCCUACAAGAAUCUGAUUCGGAUACAGAGGACACAGAUAUGGCCAGCCUUAAAUCAGACUUAAUGCAAGACUCCCAGGACUCAUAUGAUGUUUAG